AUGGCGUACCCAACAACCAGAUCCAACACCUCCACCUUGACUGCCGAGACAGCAGGUGUUUCCUCCAACGCCAGGACACCAGAAGAGGUUUAUGCAUCACGAUUCGCAGGACCGUCCAAAAAGGAAGGCCAUUUAGAUGCGCUGGAUGACAAUAUCCACGCGGUCACUGAUCCAUUACUUCAAGCAAACACCUACUACAACGCAAAUAGUAGCACGAUUGAUUUGGCUUUUAAAGCACUUGCAAAUGCAGCAGACUCUACAGCCAUUGGCCGAGUGGUGGAUGACUGGAUAGGCACUGUGACAAUCGCUGUCUUGCUGUUCAAAGGGGUUGUAACUCUAGAAACUCAGCGGCGAGACAAUAGUUCGAAGGCCCGUGCUCUCGUACUGCAGCUCUCCGAUAUGCUUGGCGCCCUUCUCCAACUUCACAAUGUCAAAGAUCCUGAGCUGAAAACUGAAACGGGAGAAAGCGUCUGUGGCCGCAUUCAGUCCUUGAUGGGGCAAAUCGAACAAGACAUCAAGGAAAUGGAAGUGAUUCCUUACGUAUCGGCUAUUCUUCCAGCUAAAUUCUUCUUCAGCGGCAAGUAUCAGGGACAGUUCAAAGACGCCGGUGAGAAGCUCGUGCAACGAAAAGGGGACAUCGUUUUUGCACUACAAAUUCACAUUACCGUGGGGGUUGAUGAAAUCCGAGAGCAAGUGCGCAACAGCAAUACAUUAUUAGUGAAGCUCGUCAAAAUCGUCGAAUAUAAUUCCUCGGAAGAACAAGAAUGGGACCGCUCCUUAAAGAAUCUCGGAGGGCGCAACAAGGUGCUUGCAAACGAUGAGUUGCUCACGACGUUUGCCCAGGAGAUAGAGGACUCCCAGUCUUCUGAAUCGACGGCGAAGACGACUCCAAAAGAGAAAGGGGAGAAGGGAAAUGAUGCGGAUAAGGACAAACCAACGGAUCCGAAAUCCACAGGAAAGGCAGAUGACCCAAAGACAAAAUCUGGGAAGGAUGCAUCGAAUGUUCUUUCUCUCCUGGAACGGCGGGAGCUCAGAAUGCCCCUGCAAGAGAUCAUCGAUUCCAAUUUCGCUCUAUAUGAGGGCAAGCUAGAAUCUCAGGUUCAACUUCUCUCCAAGGAAGUCAAACUGUCCACGCAAAAGAUUUUGCAGCGCCUUGAAACUGGUGCUCAUGAGAAAAUAUUAGAUCCUCAUAUUCAAAGAGUCUGGAAGGAUAUGGCGUGGCGUUCGAGCGUGAAGGCGCGACAAUUCGUGUUGGCGAUGCACGAUUUCUACACCGAUCGUUAUGCGCAUGCCUUUAUGCUGCGAAGGCGUGGAGGCAUGGCGAACGGUCCCUCAUUUCAAAUACCUGUUGACGGUGGUGACCAGUCGCCGACAAGUGCACGGCCCCUCAGUCCCGUUGACUCCGAAGCAGCUCAUGUUCAAGUCGAUAUCUCUGACGCCGGUAUGACCCCAGCAGAAAUUGAAGAGACACUGGCCGAUAAGUGGUGUCUCCAGUACCUCAAUAUUACUCACGCGUACCCGAUAAUGGAAGCGAUCGACGAUGACGACUCUGGUUAUAUCAGGACAUCGGAGAUCAACGAUUUCACCUCUUCAACCCCAAAGGGGUGGACCCUUCUCCAGUGGUUCGCAUACUGGGGUGGAGGUUGGAAACAACAAUCCUCAGUUUACGCCCGAUCCAUCAACGAAAUCAUAGACUUGAUUAAAGACGCGUCCCAUGAUGUACUGGUUGAAAACAACCAGUCUGCGAUCAGUUACGUCAAGCAAUUGGACUGGUCUUCUGCUAUCGAAAAAAUGACUUAUGCUGCAACAAUGAACACUCCUGCUACAUCGGAUAGUCCAUUAGAUAAUUUAGUUGCACGAAGCAUGGUGUAUAAAGAGAAGAAGUUGGAGCGUGCCCUUCGACGAGUGUACUACACUGUUGAUGCGCCGGAAUCACUCAGACUUAUUUCUGGUCCGGGAAGAAUUGAGAAGGACAUCUUUGUGAUCAUCUUCCUUAUCUUACAGCACCACUACCUGAUCUUCUUGAGAGCGACCAAAGUCUGGAUUGAUGAGCGGGAGUUCCAGGUCGCAACAAACACUAUGCUGAAUAUUGUAGAGGCUGUCACUGAUCGCGUGGCUAAUUUAUCAGCUUCGUAUCGACAGCAAGGGUUAGACGAGCACAUUCAACUCUCGCGAUUUCACGGUGGCAUCUACCAGUUUGUGCCGGACUCUCGGGACUCUCAGGACAUUGAGCUCUUCUGGUUGGACGAUGGUGCUUUGUCUGAAUUGAAGGAGAAGACACUCAGCAAAGAGCAGGACCUGAAACUCAGAUACGGAGGAUGGUCGUUGAAUUUACAAUCGUACUCGAAUCCUCGUGCACCAAAUGUGCUUCCGGAUGAGGCAUCGGACGAUUCCCGGAUCAAGGUCAUAUCGAGCCAGGCAGAGGACGUGGACGGCGGGGAUGAUGAUGAGAGUGAUGAUGGUGACUCUCAUGCUCCCAAUAUCAACGACGAGGCUAAAGGAAUGGCAAGCGACAAAAUCGUGGCUCGGGCAAACAGUUCUGUAUCUGCUCUUCCGAAAAUUUCAGAUAGUUCUCCGAACUUCGGAAAGCACAUGAAGCACGUCAUAUAUGGUUUAGAAGCCAUCGCCAAGUUGGAACCAUUCUCAUUCAUCAAGAGUACGGUAAAGGGAGUGAAGAGUGUUUUAGUGUCAGAAUUUAAAAAGGAAAAAGUGAAUCCUUGGAUCAAGAAGCUCCUUCGUGGCCUGGUUUCCAUUAUCAGCCCAUUAUUAGAACUCUAUUUUUUGCAAGACACAAGUGAAGCCACAGGUGAAGCCACAGAGACAGGGGCGUCGUUCGGGGGACGUUUGUUUGAUCUUCUCUAUCACAUCUCGUUUGACAUCCGUGAUGCGGAAAAAACCAUCGAAGCCCUCAAUACUCAGGAGAAGGCAACUGGUGACAACCCCGCCGGCAACCCUUCCCCGCUUCCUAAGUUAACAACUCCGGCAGCUUUGGAUACCGUAAUAAACAAGCUGCAAAUCCGACGUCGUGACAUUGAAGCCUGCCUAGCCUUGCACAACGAGCGGGGCUUUCGACGUCUGCUCGUUGCUCAACAAGUUGUCAUUCGUGACAUCCAAGAGCAACGCAAAAGAUUGUUGCCCGAGUAUUUGCGCCAUAGACAAGCGGUCAGGAGAUCAUUCAUCGAUCUCACUGCGAAAGGGCUGGUCUUGGGACUGGCUUCUAGAGAACUUAGUGAUGCCGAACGGACUGAACUAGCAGCAAUCACCCGCGAAGUGCCAGAUGUCGAUCUUGAAUAUUGGAAUUCAUUGUCCAGAUUGCAAAGACGUAGGACAAAUGUGCAUGUAACUAUCCGAUGCGAUGGAUGCGGAACCUGCCCUCUCGUUGGACAUCGCUAUACCUGCUUGACGUGUUACGACUUUGACCUUUGCGUCGACUGCGAACGUAAAGUCCACUCACCCGAGCCUGGCACGACGCCCAUGGAGAUACAAAAUCAUUUGCCUUCUCAUCCCUUGAUGAAGAUUUGUCGGCAGGUGUGGGCCGUUUUGGAUCAGGACCGGGACAGGUUCCGGAGAACGUUGGGUCGUCUUGAACUUGACGAAGAUGAUAUAAGUAAUGAUGAUAACGACGAGGACGAAGAUGAGGAUACAUCCGGAUUUGCGGAUGGGUCUGAGGAAGUAAGCGACUAUGAGGAAGAGAACGAGAAUCCUCCCGAGGAGGGAGGAAAUAGUGACGACGAGGCUGCUGAAGAUGACAACGACAAAGCUGGCGAGGACGCAGAACCACCAAGGGCCGAUCUCACCACAGACAAGGCAGUAGGCAAUGAGGGUGAAACUGAUCCCAAAUCGGAUGACGACGCGCAGGAGCCCGCAGCGACUCACACAUUCCAGUGUCAUCGUUGCCAAGAAACCAAGACUGGCACUCGCUUUGUGACGAGUGGUUACUACGAGCAGCCUGAUGGAGACUACGGAGGUUCCUUUUGUCCGUCUUGCGAGGAAACCAUCAUUAAAUCAUACGAUGGCAAAGCCCUACCCAUUGUUUAUGCAUUUCUCCUAAAAGUCACACUUCCCGAAGGCCACCACGGCAGUGGCGAUAAUGCGACUGUGGCCACUGAAGAGGAGCCAGACAACCAAGCAGAAAAUCAGGAGGACGAGGUUACUCGGAAACUUCAAAGUUUAGACGAACGACUUGGUGCGCUGGAAGGGAAACUCGAUCAUAUUUUGUCAAUUCUUGCCGCAACGCAUGUUGGCACCACAAGCCUUGACCAAACCCAAGCAUCUCAGCCCCAGGAUGACCAAGCAUGA